CGCUCAGCCAAAAUCACCCAUCGCCUCCCCAUCCCUCCAAACAGCCCCAAGCAGAGCCCCGCCACGCCGGUCAGCAUGAGAUCGCUGCCUCCUGUGGGCGCCGUUUGCGCAGCGCUGGCCUCCUGCUUCUGCUGCCUCUGCUGCGUCUGUGGUGCUCCCACCGGCUCUCCGUACAAGUGCUCUGCUGGAGGGCACCCCAAGUACCAGCUGGUGUUCACAGGCCGUUGGAGCCAGACCUCCUUCCCCAAGCAGUACCCGCUCUUCCGCCCACCUGCUCAGUGGUCAUCUCUUGUGGCGGUGGUGCACGGGCGCCCCUUUCAGAUGUGGCGCGCGAGCCGCUUCGCCAGCCCCGGGGUGCGCGAGAUGUCGGAGCGCGGCGAGGCGUGGGGCAUCAUGCGAGAGGUGGACGCGCACGCGCAGGCCCGCACCGCCGCGGCCCGCCCGCCCGCCGUGGCCGGCGUCUUCUCGGCGCCAGCGCUUCCCAACGGAACCGGCCAGAGCUUAACCGAGCUGGAGUUCACCGCAAAGCAGCCCUUGUUGUCGCUGAUGGUGCGUCUCGUGCCGAGUCCGGAUUGGUUCGUGGGCGUCGACAGCCUGAACCUGUGCGAGGGCGAGCACUGGAAGGAGAGACUCUCCCUCGAUCUUCAGCCGUACGACGCCGGCACGGAUAACGGAUUCACCUUCUCCUCGCCCAACUACGCCACCAUUCCACAGGAGCCCAUAACGCAGUCUUCUUCCCCGAGCCAUCCAGCAAACUCCUUCUACUACCCCAAGCUGAAACAACUUCCCCCGUUGGCACGACUUGUCCUCACCCGCAUUGGCAAGAGGCCACACUCCUCCAAGAAGGCGCCACCCAAGGGCAAUGACAUAGAGCAGCUGACAGAGACACCUUUGGACUGUGAGGUGGCCAAAUGGUCACCCUGGGGCCUCUGCUCCGUGGAUACGUGCGGGCAGCCCGGAGUGAAACGGCGGACGCGUUACAUCCGAGUGAAGCCAGCCAACCAAGGCGCGCCGUGUCCCGAGCUGGAGGAAGAGAUGGAGUGCUCCGCUCCCAAUUGCUCUGUCUAGCGAGACACGGAGUGGAGGUGUGGGGGAGAGAGUCUGAGUGAGAGAGAGAGAGAGCGAAAGAAUGCGAGCUGAGUGACGUAAAGUGUGGAUGGGAGUUUGAAAGAGCGAAAGUACGUUUCGAUUUAAAGCUUUCGUGACUGCAGGGAUUCAUCUUCUUGGUUCUUUCGGUAAAGUCACGUAGAAGGGAAGUAAUAAAAUAAUAAAAAUAAAACUAAACUUUGCAGUCACACCUAGACACAUACCAGUUAAUGAUAUAAUUGCUCGAGUAGAUGUAGCUCUCAAGGGCUUGAGUCACAUCGCUGCAGACGUAGCAAGAUCUGAAAUCUCUGUAACCCUCAAAAACGCUAAGAUGCCAGCUAGCAACAUUAGCAAAGAUGAGCGUUUUGAAUUAGCUCAAUUAAAAAAGAGGGAUGACAUUGUCAUCCUCUCAGCCGACAAAGGCAAUGCCACUGUCAUCAUGGACAAAAUAGAAUACAACAACAAAAUUCAAGAACUACUCAACAAUGGCAGCUAUACAAAAAUAAAAAGAGACCCCACCAACAGCCUCGUCUCCAAAACCAACAACAUCAUUUCUGCUUCAACCGCAUUAAUUGAUCAGACCAAACAGUUCUCGUUGAAACCUUCUGCAGCCAGGCCACCAAGAUUGUACGGCUUGCCAAAGAUACAUAAAGAAGAUACACCUCUUCGUCCCAUUGUCUCUACUAUCAACUCCCCCACUUACAAACUGGCUCGUUUUUUGUCCGAAAUCCUACGGCCUUUCACUGGAAAAACCACCUCUGCAGUACUAAACUCUACUGACCUGGUAUCGACAAUCAAGGGGAUUGCCCUGUCCCCAGACGACCUGCUUGUCAGUUUUGAUGUGGUUUCCUUGUUCACCAAGGUGCCUGUGCCUGACACCAUCGCAAUCAUUGAAGACUUGGUUCAUCAAGGACUGAAUGCUGGGGUACCCCCCCUGGUGAGACACUGCUUAACCAAUACAUACUUCACCUGGAAUGGAACCUUCUACAAGCAAAUUGAGGGCACACCAAUGGGCUCCCCCCUAUCUCCGGUUGUAGCCAACAUCUUCAUGGAGAAAUUUGAGACGGACGCCAUCCAGACUGCCACUCUACGCCCGACCUUAUGGAAGAGGUACGUAGACGACACUUUUGUCAUCUGGCCACAUGGCCGGCCUGCUCUAGACCAAUUUCUCGACCACAUCAAUUCCAUACACCCAGCCAUCAGAUUCACCAUGGAAGUCGAAAAUGAUGGCAAGCUACCCUUUUUGGAUGUCCUAAUCAAAAGGAGACCUGAUGGUUCUAUGAGCCACUCUGUCUACAGGAAAGCCACCCACACGGAUGCUUAUCUAAAACCGGAUUCCCACCACCAUCCAUCCCAGAAGAAUUCCCUCAUCAAGACUCUAUAUCAUAGAGCCCAAUGCAUCUCCGACCAUGAACACAUUUCCAGUGAACUCAAACACGUACGCCAAGCUCUUAAGGCUAAUGGUUACUCCGACUACACAAUCCGCAAAGCCAUCACUCCAACCAUCAAGAAGG